CCAGCCGGCAUCCAUCACAGCCAUGCAGCCGCAGCGGUCAAUUCGCCCAGUGGCGUCGACGAGCAGCGGCAUCGACGGUGAUGGCGGUGAGGUGGGUGCCGCUGUACUGCUGCGCAGCCUGUGCUGUGCUUUCAUCGGCCGCCGCGCCGCGUCUUGCCGUCCGUCGCAUGGCUGCCAGUCCGCCCGCGCGUCUCAGCGACUGAGCUCUAUCCGGCCUCCGCUCCUUCCUCUCCUUUUGAUCUCCCUCUAUCCCGUCUGAAUGCUUUGAAACCCUCGCCGAUCAUCGACGUCGUACUCGUGUAGCUGUCAGCCGUCGUUUGUGGCUGUCGUCGCCAAGAUGGACGAAUCGCUCCAUUGUAAUUGGCUCAAGUGUCGCAAGUCGCUCCUAGUCGAGGGUAAAGCCGUCGCAACCACUUGCAGUCAUAUCUUUUGCGUCUCGUGUGCCGAGACCCUCUUCAAUGGCAACAAGCAGUGCCCAGCCUGCAAGACAGUACUCGACCAGCCCGACGACGUAGUGCUCAGCUCCCUCAACCCUUCAGCAGACUACCGAACCUCAGUGCUCGCAGGCCUCGCCCCUGACGUCGUGGUCGAUAUUGCAGCUCGAAGCCUUGCCUUCUGGCAGUAUCAAACCUCGCAGGAGGUGAGCGAGCGGACAACAGAAGGGCAAAUUGCGUGUAUGCUGCCAGGAGCUCACCCCGCCCCUACCUCUCGGUCCUGUAGGCCGCCUUCCAAGCCAUGAUCCUCAAAUCAGCCCAAGAGCGCAACUCAGUUCUCGAGAAGCGCAUGCAGUCUCUAAUCGUUGAGGCCAACGGCGAGAUCAAUAUCCUCAAGCAGAAGAAUGCAAGCCUUGACAAGGGUGAGCCGAGGUUGCGAGAUGCCUGCCAAUUCCUGCCUCGCACCUGCCUCGGAUCCCGGCUCAACGUCGCGCCUCGCCUCCGCGCCUUUUAUGACAGAUCUCGCUCACGAGAAGCGCAGGGGUAGGGAGUUGCAGGAGACGCUAAGAGCCGUUUCGAAGGACUACGAGAAGCUCAAGUCUCGCGCCGAUCAAGAGCAGGGCCAAAACCAACACAACCAGCAGCAGCAGCAGCAG